UACUACUACUACUACUACCACCACCACUGCCGCCACUGCCACUGCCACUGCCACCCAAGGCCGCUGCUCACCCACCUCGAGUCGGCAUAAUCCACACUUGCACAAACAUGUCCUACUACAACGACGCGUCGUGGAGCGCACCAGCUCCUGGCCGACAGCCCUCGUGGGAGCAGCCCCCACCCCCUUCGCGUUCAGGCACCAGCUCCACCGUCAACAGCGAAGUUGCUAAUGCCUACGCUUCCCAGCUUGAGGAAGUCGACCGCGCCAUCGAAAACCUUGCCAAGAGCGGGAAGCCGUUUGGCCCUGGAUUCCCUCCUACGCCCAUGGCCGCUGCCCGCCGCGAGUCCAUGCCCAUGAUGGGCGGCGGCCCUCGCCCAUACCCCGACUUCGACCAGCAGCGCAUGGGCGGCCCUCAGCGCCAUCACUCCAUCAGCGAGUACGACGGCUCCCGCUCACACUCGGCCUCCAACGUGCAGGGCUUCUACCAGAACCAGCGCUAUGCGCCCAGACCCAACGAUGCAGACCAGAUGGCACAGGCAAAGCGACGGAUGGCUGCGCAGCGAGAGCGAGAGCUGCGCAACUAUCACCAGGAGCAGCAAUACCACAGAAACGUUUCGGGCUCAGGCUCCAAGUCGGAUCGCUCCAUGAGCCCCAAUGCCAUGAAUGAAGACGAGCGCCGCGAACUCAUCGCCCGCCAGCACCGUGCUUUGUAUGGCGAAACCUCCACACUGUACAGCAACAACAAUAGCAACAACAACCCCACCUCGAGCCAGGACGUUCGCGUUCAGACGUCGGGCGCCGGCCGCGGCCCCUCGCCCCUCGCCUUUGACCCCUUUGGCAUGCAGCCCCAGAGCGGAGCGGGCGAAGGUGCCGUCCAGAUGCCCCCGCGGGACAAGGAUGCCGCUAGCACCGCCCAGGAUGCUCGUGCCAAUAGCACCUCUUCGCCGUCGACGACUCAGGCCCCGGCCUUUAACCUGUUCGACGCCCAACAGGCUAGCCGCACCUCGACCUCGUCGCCUGGUGGCUCUCCACCCGUCCCAGGACACAAGUCCAACGGAUCGGGCGUCGCCCCCAUUGGCACCCGGCCCCAGAACCAGAACCUGCACCAGCCGGGCGGUGCUGCCAUGGGCAAGCGUGCCAACUCGCCGCUGCCCUCGCCGCUGGGCUACAACUCGUACAAUGCGAGCGAGCAGAACAACAUGGCCACGGCCUCUUCUGCUUCAAUGAAUCCUUCUUCAACCGUUACUGACAAGGGCGUUGGUAUUUGGAACAAUGGGCCCUGGAGCAACACCCCCACGCAGGGCGUGCAGGCGUCGGUCUGGGGCUAGAAAACGGAGUUUUGUUUUGGCGAGAUAUGAUGCACAUCCGGAGUUACUGCAUUUCAGGUGUCCUAGGCAUACCGUGUCGGUCUUUUUAAACAACUACCAUAGGCGGAGCAGUUCAAUGGGUGGGUUGGGGCGAAUCUUUCCGGUGCUUUCAAGGUGCACGACCAGCAUGGCCUGGCCGCUUGGUCUGGGUCUUGCUGAGAAUUAGAUACCUUUUUGCGAGCGGGUACACUGGUGUUUUUGUCGGCAGGGUCAAGGGGCGGGGCAUGGGUUGGGUCAUUGGAGGGAGGGGGGGGGGGCUUUGCAGGAGUUUGCUUGUGCAUGUUUUGCAGUUAUUGGUCGCUAGCUUUUCGAUGCGGGUCAAGAGCAUCUGCACCAACCG